AUGCCGCUGCCUGCCUCUCUGCGCACGCUCUUGAACGCGCCCAAGUAUGCGGCGCGUGUUUCAUCUACGUCCUCUUCUGUGAUGGUGCCUGCCGGUCUGGGUGGGCUACCGCGUGAUCCGCCACGCGCGCCUUUGCUGCGGGAGCUGUUUGACCGUCUCGCCACUGAUUCGAAAGCCCAUGGCGUGGGGUGGGGCGAGUGGCUUACCUUGUCUACGGCUACCAUGUUUGCGCUCAACUCGCCUGGGAGUCUCAAGGCGAUGCAUGCGUAUGUGAUGCAAGACCAAGGCGAGCUUCGUCCUCUUGCAGAGCGUGUGGACCGUGCCUGCUUGAUGCGCGAAGCCGGCUUGAAGUGCCUUGGCUUAAUCGGUACACCGAAAACGAUCAACAACCUUGCUGCGCUGCGUGCUAUGGUUGACGCAGAUGAGGCCUUGGCCGAGGCGAUGCCGACCGAGGCACGCCGGGAUAUCCAACCGCAGCAAUGGGCCAAGGUCGUCCAAGCUGGCUCUGAUCUAUUUGAUGAUAUAUAUGCGAAGCAAUCGCAAAAGCUACGUGGCGUUAUGGCCCACUCUCACCCGGAUCUCACGCCGUACAUUUUGCAGUGCGAGUACGGGCCUUUGUUUGCGCCGCCGCCCAUGUUCCUCGGCACGUCGGAGCCGAGCUGGGAGGUAAAUCGGCUACGCAUGAGCUUGGUCGCCAUUGCCUCGCUGCAUGCUCAAGGCGGUGUCGCGCCGCAAGUCGUCAGUCACAUUUAUGGCUUGCUUCGCGCACGGCCCAGCAUUGAGCAGAUCGAGGGUCCGUCACAACGUGGUUUGGAGUUCCUCACAAGCGAGGCUGGCGCUGAAUGGGCCAUCCGAAUGAUCAACGAGAUCUGCCGUGUUGUCGAUGGAUCGGACGAUGCGGAUCGUGCGCCGUGGCCUGCACAUUUAUAG